AUGGGAAACAGCGAAACAGGCGCGGAUUAACGGAUUUGUUACAAGGUGCUUUGUUGUUAUUUUAGUAGCUGCCUUCAAACGACCAGUUGUACACGUUUGGGGCUACAACUUGAAGGAUGAGUCUGUCUUUAAGGACUGAGCUGGCAGUGGAUAAAACCAAGCGGAAGAAACGGAGAGAGCUGACUGAUGAACAGAAGCAUGAAAUCAAAGAGGCCUUUGAGCUGUUUGACACAGACAAAGACAAAGAGAUAGACUACCACGAACUCAAGGUGGCGAUGAGAGCUAUGGGUUUUGAGGUGAAGAAAGUAGAUAUACUGAAGAUACUAAAAGAUUACGACAGAGAGGGGAAUGGCAAAAUAACAUUUGAUGACUUUAAUGAAGUUGUGACAGACCGUAUCCUGGAGAGGGACCCAAAGGAGGAGAUCCUGAAGGCCUUUAAGCUGUUUGAUGAUGACGACUCUGGGAAGAUCAGCCUGAGGAACCUGAGACGUGUGGCCAGAGAGCUAGGAGAGAACAUCACAGAUGAGGAACUACGCAGCAUGAUCGACGAGUUCGAUACAGACGGAGACGGAGAGAUCAACCAGGAGGAUUUUGUAUCCAUAAUGACUGGAGACUCCUGAUUGAAGGGCUGCUGCUCUGGGGCUUGGCUAGGAGGCUGAGGCUAUAGAUUCACUGUGGGAUGGAUAGGUCCCCCAGGUCACUGAAGGACUGCUAAAUAGCUUACCUUGUCUCCUGUCCUUUAUCUACACUGACCGACCAGAACUGACCAGGGGAAGUAGAGGAGAGUAGGUAAGGACGCCACUGUAGAGUACUGCGAUUCAAAAUCUCUCCCAAAUAGCACUGCUGUCGCUCCUGUUCUUUUCUUUGUUGAAACAUCUUGUGUGUUUUUACAAUAUGUCUGGUGCAAAUACAACCAAAUAUUGUAUGUUCUUUUCUUUUAGUAGAGUUUCUUUUCAAAAUUUGAAUAGAUGCACUUGCUGCGCUGUGUAUCCAUACCGUACAGAAAACUGUACAGAUUACAUAACAGGUCAUGUCUCUGAGACAUUCCUUGUAAACUUCAACGUUUUCAAUAGUAUUUCUGGAUGGCGGUUUUAAAUACAAACUGGCUUUACCGACCACAUUUUGUAGUUUAGUAGACUAUUUUUAAUUAUUUUUAAUGUUAUUUAUUUUACUUAAUAAACACAAUUGACUGAC